AUGGUUCAUGGUGGUUCUGUUCUACCUCCAGUCUUUAUACAAGUUGAAAAAAUCGCAGAUACAGAAGAUGAUCGUUCAUAUAAAUGUAAAUGUGAACAAGACAAUGAAGACGAAAUUAAACAAUAUGAACAAGAAUCAGAAUCAAAUGAUGAUUCUUCUUAUGAUUUAAGUUAUGAAAUUCAACAACCAUACUCUCCUAAAGAUUCUUUCUUUAAAGAUACUGAAAGUGAAAAUAGUGUUAUUACCAAUAUUUCUUAG